AUGCUCAAAUGGGCAGCGCUGUGUUCAGCGCUAUUUUUGGCGAGCUCGGCGAAGUCUCUAGAACUCGAACACGCCCUUCAACAAAGUAAGUUGACAAAAAUGAUCUUGAAUCCCAGCUGAUCUACAGAGUCAAUUAACUUUUUUCAGUUCGUGAAAAGCACAUUUUCUACAGCGCGAGAGACUUUAAGCCUGUUUCCGAAAGGCACGUCCCGGAUUUCCCGCCAAAUUCCUACUUAAAAUCUGAGGUAGUUUAAAAUUUUGAGAAAAAAACCAGUGAAACUUUUUUCUGACAGAAAAAUCAAAAUAUUAAAACCAACUUUUUUCAUUUCGAGCGAAAUGAAAUCUACAUUAAUCUUCAAUUUUCAAUAAAAAUGCUGAACUGAUUUAUUUAAAAGGUCGAUGAUGUAUGAAUCAUCUUCAUUGAUGCAAAUUUCUAAAAAACGCAGUUUAAUACUUUUGAAUCAAAAUUCAUUUUGCUUUUUUCAAAAAGCUUCUCUUGCAGACUGUUGAGAACGCCGAGAAGCAUGGAGUAUGCCAACCAGGUUUCACAGGGUCCGAUUGUUCAAACCGUUCGUUAUCUUUUUCUUGAUGAUUAAAAUUAAUCUUAUAAUUCUAUGAGAACUGCAACGUUUAAUCUCAUGAAAACUUUGCAAUUUCCAAAAACUUGAGUCUUUUUGGAAAUUGGAUCGGGAGAUUUUAUGCAAAAUUCAAUGUUUUCCAGCCAUUUGCUACAACAGAUCCAACAUUUUGGAGCACGAUGGUACUGCUGAUUUCGGAGAUCUCAUAGAAAGCGACUUCAGGCUAGUCACUAAAAGUCGUUCCACCACAAGCACCUAUUUUCAGUGCGAAAUGCAACGAUAUCUUCACUUUUUACGUCGACAACUUUAUGAACGAUUUCUACGUGAUCAUCACAAGUAUCAAUGGAGGCAAUCCACGUGGCGUUGUUCUCAACUCCGGAGGUGAGAAAAAUUUGUGGAUGAUAUUUCUGAGUGUUUUUAGCGAUGAGUAGAAUCUUUUUUUCUUGAUUGAAAACUCAAUUGAAGGAAACGAGGUGCCGUCGUGCGGCGACUUUGCAAACACAGAAUCGGAGAUGAUCCACAUGUACUGCGAGAGCAGGGCCAACCACGGCGCCGGAUUGUACUCUUUGAAGCUGAGCGUGGAUAAUGAUGUGUAAGUAGUAUGACUCCCACUCCAGUGAUAGUUUGCGUUAGCGGCUGCACUUUCCAAGUGCGCUCUCCCACAAAACUUGGCAUCAACGGAGGCUUUGUGCAGGACAAAAGGGACGACUACGUGCAGCAGUUCAUCCUCGGAAAAGCCAAUCAAGGCGUUUUCCGAUAUCCCGAUGAGGUUCUUCUAAUCCGUCAAAACAUUAUUAGACUUUGCAAUUUAAGAAUGCAAAUUCGUUUUUCGCUUUUGAAAUGGAGAACGAAAAAUAUCCGGUUCAUCCGGAAACUAUUCACAUCUACCAAAAUGGAGUAUGGGAUCAGCAAUUCAAAGUGACCGGCAGGUAGUAAAUAGCAAAAAUUGUGUCUAAAGUGGAAUCAUUGCAGAUACGGAUGCACAGCUUCCCAUGUCACAGUAACUCCCUACAAUUGCAGCGCUCUUCACGUAUAUCAUCUGAAAGUUCAAGGUAUAGCAUUAUAGAUAAGACGUUUGAGAAACAGCAAAAAAUGCCAGGAUACGACGACGAAGCCAACGCAUGGCAACGCAUUUACGAUUUUGAAUGCAAUGCUAUCGCAAUGCCGACGGAUAUGACUCUGACCACUGAUUCUAGUUCUACGUCCAUUCCAACUUCUUGCCUUAAUGACGGAAUCAUUUAUGGCGAAGUAUGGAUUUACCAAGAAUAUUUCGGAAAAAAAAAUUAUUUCGAGGGAUGUUACUGCAGUGAGUUCUUCUCCGGCCCUCGAUGCGAACAGCCAUUGUGCAUGAACGGCGGCAGCUACGACGCAAACACGCAUUCUUGCGUUUGUGUCGACGAUUACAGCGGCGAUCACUGCCAACAUGGUAUCAUUUUUCACAAGAAUCUCAGAAGAAGGAAAGUCUUGAGUCACUUGCAAAGCACAAUCGGCCGACUCUUUCGAUGAUUCGUCUAUUGCUAUCGGAUUCGUCAUUCGUUCAUCUUCUUCAAUGAAGGCACAAAUUGUGGAAGUGAGGCUCCUGAUUUUAUUAAAAUAUAAUUAUUCAAGAUUACGCAAGCUGUCAACCAAAUGGGCUCGUACUUUUCAACUUAUUAUCCUGUUCUUGUUCAAGCUUGGGUUCUGACAGUUGUCCAAAACAAUGGUAGGAUACUGUGGUUUCACGAUCAGAUCAAUAUUUUCAGGCGUUCUUUUCACAAGAGCUUUCGACUCUUACACAGAGCUAGCGAACUCUAUCGUGAGCUUGACGACGCCUCCAACGGAGACACAGUGUGAUGACGCGAUCCUCCUUGGAAUCGCUCAAACUCUCGGACAGACUGCUUUCAAGAAAUUCCCGGUGAUUCAAUUUCAAAUUAUCCUGCAACUGAAAAUCUUGCAGAAUUCUCCAGUUUUUGUUUUCACUGAUGGCGUAGCGAAUGAUGACGCAAUUACUCGGGGGUAUCUGAACGAACAACUGAUCAGCACGAGAGCUCAAGUGAAUCAUUUCACCAUUCUAAAGAGAAUAUCUUUGUACUCCACAGCUUUUCUUCAUUCUGACAAACUCCGCGUCUGAAAUGUGCAUUGUGGACGUUAGUUCGAACCAGUAUCAAGACUUCCGUAGUCUAGCAAGUCUUUCCCGCGGCCUGCUCGUCCAAGUCAAACUAACCGAGAUACAAGAAGUAGGCUUAGUAUCGAUACACGAAACUUCAAUUUCUUCAAGGCGACUUUUGCGAUUUCCCAAGACCUGUGGCUACUGGAUACGAUCAUGUCAAACGAUUUGGAAGAUUGCAGAAAAGCUCCAAAAUAUCAACCUUUUUUUGUAGACUCCUCUGUUGAUUUCCUGCUUCUCAGAGCGACCGGAGGUGCUAAAAAGUUUGAAACCAAACAAUUAUAUUAUUCAUUUGAGACAACCUCGCUCCACUGCUGACGCUUCCGAACCAAACGCAAAUAAAACCCGACAUUUUUUACACUAACGGCAACCUCAACAUCUGGAAAACUGGCAAGCCCGCAGUUGGAGCGUAUUUGGUGAAGAAAUUAUAGUAAAUCUCUGGACCGAGGCGAAUUUCAGCUGAAUAUGAAUAGUCUGAAUUCUCACAGCUCCAUCUGCCAAUAUCGUCUCAUGGGUCGUACAAAUUAUCGUCUCUACUCUUCUUUCUCCACCAGCAUCACUGUUGAUAACUCCCAACAGUCUCCCAGUCUCAGUCAGAAUUAUUCUCUUCGUUUCAAGAAUCAACCUGAUUUCAAUAGAUACUCCAACUCAUUUGGUGGCCAAACUGGACAAUCUCUAUUUGAGCGAUCCGAUUGACACUACUAUCGAAGUCAACGUCUGGUACAAUGGUAAGAUUUUCUAAAUUCUAUCCUAAGUUUUAUUCAGAUGCUCAAACAAGCGAACGGCAAGUUAUCUACUCUUCUUCCGGCGUUUGGAGAGACACUUGUCAGUACGAUUUGUACUUUGGAAUGUUCAGCUGUCCCACACCAAACAUGCAGUUUUACAUCAAUGUAAAAGUUGUGCAAAAAGAAAAAUCGAAAUAAGAGUUUCAGGUUUACUCAUCCGAUGAAAAUGGGAACGUCGUGUUGAGGACUAUUACCAACUAUUGUUCUGCUGGUAAAAUUAAGUUUUCUUGAAAAGGUAAACUUUGCAAUUCAGCUGCACCGAACCCGCCGGACUCUGAAUGUCUCAACGGAGGAGUCAUCUAUAACAACACGUGCUAUUGUACUUCUCACUUCCAUGGAGCCAAAUGUGAACAGGUUGGAGCUUAGUGUCACUUUUUCACAUUGCAAAAGGCUAGAUUACCUGUGAAAACAAUGGAAACGCGCUUUUUGGAGCUUGUCAAUGUACUGCUGGGUUCACCGGACAAUUCUGCGAGACAGGUGAGAUAAACAUCAAUCGGCAACGGAUAAAUUUGAAUAUUAGCCAUGUGCUAUUCGGACAAUCCCUUCGGUCCUUGGAGUCCCAACCACCGCAGUCUGACAUUGAUGGUGCACGACUCCCUGACCACGAGGUCGACUUUGAGAACACUGAACGAUGUCGCUCCGAGAGUUGUCAACGACAUUUUGAUGCAGCACCCCGCUUGGAUUUCAAAUUACCAACUGAUCCGCUUCAAUGACUCCGGUAAGAAGAGGUUUUUUUUAAGGCAGAUAUUUUUCAAUCAGCGAAUGUUUUCUCAUGGAAAAUCAAAAAACCUUUCAAGAUUUCACAAAGACCGUUGAUAGCGAGAGUGGGACUGACUUUAUCAAUGGCAUAACUAACUUGUAUAACGCCAACAAGAAUCACAGCGGAGUGAGUCAAACAUUUCAUUUCAACACCAUUAAAGUGAUUACAGUAUUCGUGCAAAGAACUUGAUCUUUUCUCCGCAAUUUUUCAAGUGAUUUCUGCUGGAAAGUGAGAAGUCUAUUCAGGUUUUGAUUUAAUUCCAUGUAUUCAGCGUUCAAUGGGGUGGAAUACUCUACAUUUUCUUAUACGGAACUCCGAAACAGGACCUGGUUUCCUACCAGAAAAUACUGCAGCGCAUCGAAAUCAACAAAAUUCAGGCAUGGUCGAACAUUCAAGCCCUCGGAGUAUCUUGAUUUUCAGAUAAAUAUAGUCCAAUCGAGCUUGAAUCCUUGCGGUCAAGAUAUUACCAUUGAUGGUUUGAUAAGCUUGACACAGUUCUCUGGCGGCUCAUUCAUCACAGCUUCAGCACCAAACGCUGGAAAUGUGACCAGCCAAACGAAAAUUCAAAUGAAACCUCUUGAUUGAACUUCCAGGUAUUCGGGCAAGUCCCAACGCAGUACAUGUCAAACCUUGUCUAUGAGAACAACGUUGUCGACUGUCAGGACACUACUUUCUACAUUCCUGUGGACGACGGAACUCAAAGUUUCACUGCUUAUAUUCAAGGAGAUUUUUCCUAUGACCCAAUUUAUACAGCCCCCGAUAGUUAGUUUUUUCCUGAAGUUUUCAAAAAAUUGAUUAUUUGGAGAUUCUGACGUUUACGUGGCUAAUAUGUACACUGAUCUGGGAACCGGUAGUCGUUUGGAUCACAUUGUUCGAGGUUUGGAAUUAUUAACAUUACUUGAGGUCCUUUCGAUUUCAGCCUGCGAUCAAGGAUGGUUCAACGCGGACAACCACUGUUGGAAGUACGGUUUCAAGCCUGUUUCUUGGUUCGACGCAAAACUCGCUUGCGAUAAAGACGGAGCCACCUUGGCCACUAUCUACAACGCUGUUGAGCAGAGCGCUCUAGAUUGUAACUUUUUAUUCUUAUAUUUCAAAAGUUUCAGUGAAAGAAUUUUCAGCAAAGUCCGAUAAGACAGAUUUUUGGAUUGGUCUCAAUGAUUUGGACACGAAAGGUGUCUGGAAAUGGGAGACCAGCAACGCCAACUUCACACUCUCGGUUUACAUUCAAUCGAUCAAUUUCCUUAUUUUAAUUCAGCUUGACGACACGCAGUACAAGAACUGGCAACCUGGACAACCAGAUGUGCAAGAUAACAAAAGGUUAGACAAAACCAAACAAAAAAAAACACAAAAAAAAUUCAGAUGUGUUAUGGAUUCUCAGAAAGGAAGCAAAGGAUGGGCUACCGCCAAUUGCGAUGAAAAGAAGUUUUUUGUUUGCGUAAAACACACAUGUAAUGAGUCGAAUUAAUCUCAGCUCAACAGCAAUUUUUUUUUACAGACUCGACAGACUUCCAGCCUUCGGAUGUACAGCAAAGUUAUCAUAAGCUGAAAAAAAAGUUUCAAUACAAUUUUUUUAAGAUCACAUUGCUCGAGGUAUUUGGAAAAUGCGAGUGAGAGCAAACGGCCAAUGUGCUGUUGCAAUCCGAUCGCAGUCCACCGUCCAAGUGAGAAAAAAAAAUUCGGAAAAGUCCAAAUCUUUCUUUGAAUCAAAGUCUUAAUUUCCAGGUCAUGACCAGAUUCACUUCGAACAUUCAUGAUGAUAUUGGCAACAACGAGCCUAACCACAACACAGGUAUUUCCUACCGCGGUAUCUGAUUAAAUUUGAAUUGAGACGCUAACCGACUUAUGGUUCAACUCAAUGGAGUUUCCAAUCAUCGGGGCGUCGAAUAUGCCCAUUUUUACGCAGACAACUUCACAAUCGUCCAAGCUCAUGUGAGUUAGACAGAAUUUCUUGAUUAUUCAAGCAUUUUUAGAGCGUGAGCUACCGUUCAAACUGCCUCUAUGAGUAUCUUUCCACUCCAUUCAGCUGUCCAAACUUCGCUUUUCAAAUGCUUAUCACAGGUGACACAGGUAAAAAAUUUGAAAGGAAAUUUUUGUAGGAACUGACGAUGCUGGCUAUCUGUUCCAACGAGUUGUUCCGGCCGGAUGCGUUGGAGGCAUUGAAAAAGAUUCCUGCGAAAACGGAGGAGUUUACUUCAAAGUGGGUUCGCACUAGGCAAAAUCACAUCCAACGAGAAAAAAAUUCAAAAAGGAGCAUGAUGAAGCCAUGAAAAAAAGACAGAAAAAAAAAACUCCAAAAUAUCUAUAUUUUAGGGUUCUUGUAUAUGCCCGCCUUCUUUUGUCGGCCCAACUUGUGAAUUCGCGGUCUGCCAAAACGGAGGGUUUAUCGGCGCUUCUUUGGAUCAGUUCGUUAUUCUCUGAUAUUUUUCAUUAUUUUUUUUUCUAGAUGCCGAUGCUCUGCAGGCUUCACUGGCCAAUUUUGUGAAAUUCGUUAGUUUCUUGAGAAUCACAGAACACAGUCUCUUUUUAGCGGUUUGCACUCGGAACCUUGAUCAGGCUCCUAACGUCACGACAACUGGAAAGACGUUCAUAGUCGCCGUUGAUGGGACUUCAAAUGGAGACAUGGCCAAAGUCAUUGCAGAUUUCAACAAGACCCUGUCCACAGUACUCUCAAACACUUUGACUUCGGAUCCUCAGUGGUUCACUCACUUUGUGGGAAUUGUCUUUCGCGAUGCAGAGGCUACCAGAGCAAAUCCUCCUCUUCCGGCCACUUCUGACGUUAUUGUCUCAUCGGAUCCCAAGGACUUUGUAACUAAACUCUCGGUUUAACUUUUUUAUUUUCGAAAAUUACAUCUAAUCUCGCCUAAUUAAAGACGGAGUUAGCUUCUCAUCCUUAUACCGCCGGUCAGAAAAAAAGAGAUAUUUUCACAGCUUUGGUGAAAACUGUGACUCAUCCUAGUGUUGUUCCGAACUCUCAAGCGUUCGUCAUCACGGCCGGUGAAUGAAAAACUGGCAAGAGAAAAUGAAAUGGUCAAUUUGUAGGCAAUGCGGAAGAUACGAUCGAUGAAGGGACCGUUGUUUCUGCUCUUUCGUACUCUCAUACCUCGGUGAGAAAUUAUUUGAUUUUGUAGAUAAUUCGAACGUUCAGGUGAACUUCCUUUUCAUUGGGGACAGUGCUCCGCCUGGGGACGGGAAGAAUUAUGACGACACUUCUGUUUCGACUCUCUUCGAUACCGCUCACUUCAGCGGAGGAACGGCUUAUCAAGUUCAUUCAAGCAAAAAGAGAACACUUCACAAUGAAAGUUUGUAGCUUCCAUCCGCUGAAAGCCUCAGUUACACCUGGCAAACGGUUCUUGGGACGUUCCACAAUUCUUACUAUGUAAUCACUCACCAGCUGAGGUUUGUUGAACUUUGAUACCUUCAAGCUUUGUAGUGGUUUAGCAACUGCUCUAAUUACGUCGACUACAUUCAACUCGAUUCUAAUGGCACCGAAAUAAUUGUCGACAUUUUCUCGCAGUCCACUACGGACAUUGAGAUUCGCGACACAAAUAGUGACAUACUUUUUGAGAAAAAAGAGUUACAAAUAACUAUUUAGAUUCGCCUCAGAAAGCUGUUCCAAUAUUGCAAUCGAAAACGAACAAAGUGAUAGCUUUUGCCCAGACUGGAGACCUUCCUGGUCUUUGGACAGUAGACGUCGAUAAGAACAACGAAAACCCUGGUUCAUGCAUGGUGAGUGUAAGGAAAGCUGUAAAGAACAGAGUUAUUUUUCAGCUCAAUAUCCGAGGACAGUCGAACGUCAACGUUCAAAUAGCUUUCACUCAGGACACACUAACGGAUGGAGGCUAUCACGAUGGAGGAGCUGUUCUCUACCCGAAAACUCGUAAUAGUGUCAAAAAGAACUAUUCAAAGCCCUUGUUGUUCAGUUCUGAACAACGCCGUGGUGGCCCAGAUCAAUAGCGGAACUCUGACCUACGUUCAGCUUUUUGAUAUAGCAGAAACGAAAAUUGCAUGGGCGGCUCCUAUGACAUUGCGUUCGAGUUGCUCCUAUCAGUACAUCUCUCAAAAGUGAGAUUAGCACUUCGAGCUAUCUAAAUAACUUUUUAUCAGAAUCACAUUAAAUUUUUAGAACUUUCACCUGCCAAAGAAACACGUUCGUGUUGAGCAUUGAGGGUUUGGACUACGAAGGACAUCCUUUCAGAAGAACGUUCAUCAUCCAUUGUGAUGGAAUAAUACCUACUGCCCGUAACUAACGAAUAUGGAAAACUGUGAACAUUUUAUUCUUCCCAGCUCCCACCUUGGCCCCUCCAACUACUUUGGCAGUUGCUUCCACUGUUUCGAUGGUUCCCACAACUCCGUUACCGAGCUGUGAUCCAAACACUCCGAAGGUUUCAAAGACUCUUAUUUGAUGAAAAGCAAUUUGGAAUUUUUCACGAAAUUUACAAGUUUUCAGGCCGAUAUUUUCAUUGCGCUUGAUUCUUCUUCAACAAUCCCAGAAGACGUGUUUUUCCAUGUGAGUGAAUUCCUUGAAAUUUGCUUCAAAUUUAUCCGUUUUCAGAGCGUCGGAGCUCUGCGUUCUAUUGAAAACUCCGUGAACCUUUCAGCCGAUCAUACUAGAGUGACCAUCGGCACAUACGACAAUUCCGCUCAUUUCGAAGGUAAAAUUUUCUUUUCCAGAAAAACUCCGCGGUUUUCACUUCAGGCGAUUUGAAUUCGAUAGCGGACCAAACUUCUUUUACUGCAAGACUGUUAGAGCUUCUGUCCGUAGGUUACACGGGCAUCAACGGGAACAACAUUCAAAGGUGAAUCGAAAUGAAAUCAGUUAGGAUUUUUUGCAUUCAAGCAUUCUCGAUUUUGUGAAUGCAAGCACAGCAACAACUCCAUUCCGUGCUAAUCCUACGAGAAAAAUCGUCCUGUUCGUGAGCUCUCAGGGAUGGGACAGAGGCAACUUUGACGGCGAUAAUGAACAGGGCUACCCGAAUCCAACAGCUGCCGCAAAACAGUUGCAAAAUGUCGGUAUUUUAUCAAAAAUACAAUCUUUUUCAGCUCCUCGAGUAUAAAAACAUUAAAAGUUUUUUUUCAGAGCGGAGUCGAGUUUUUUGCUAUCGCAUAUGGUAACCGGGCGGAUUUGCUGGAACUCUCGGCAAUCGCCAAAUGCAUUCACAAAGCAAACGACGAAAACGGAAUAACGAAUGCUAUUAGCCAGUUUGUUUCUCUUCUGUGCAGCUCCACUCCAACCUGUUAGCUGUCACUUUUCUAUUCUGCAAUAAACUUUAUCAAUAAACUUUUCCUCACGCGCCCUUACAAAAAAAUGAAUGUCAAUUUGUGUAACAAAAAGCAGUUUCAUAAAAAAAUCUCAACGGAGUCUUUCUAUGAAAUUUUUCUCAUGAAAAACGCGGUUUACGAAUUCAUUAGUCUUAAUUAUACUCACUAACGAUCAAAAUGAAGCUAUUAGAAGUAGGAAAAAAAUUUCAGAAGUCAUAUUUUUAUCAAUCCGAAAAAAACGUAAAAAAAGUGAAAAAUUUCUUUCUUUUUUUAUUUUUCGAACUUUUUACAAUCGUGAGUUUUUUUCUGCUAUUUGUGAAAUAAAAAUGAGAUUCGACUCAUAUCCGGAGGCACUAUAAAAUCAUAGGCUUUCUCGCUCUGAUAUUUAUUUUUUUCUAUUUUUACAUAAAAUAAUUCAGAUUGUUAAUAUUAUUGUAAUAAAAUAAUUCUACGAAGCUAAAAUGAUUUUUCUUGCUGAAAAAGUUGAUGAUUUGAAAGAUAUGCGCUGAAGUAACUUUAUACUGUUUGAAGAAAAACCUGAACUUUUUUUGUUCCCGGAGUUCGAAUCAGUUCAAAAUAAAAAAAUCUCAAUAAAAGUGAAUUGAGACAAGGAAAAACUUUUUAAGUUAAAUUCUAUUUGAUUGCAUUUUUCAGUGAAUUGAAAUUAAGGUCCCUUUAUUGUUUUUCAAUUUCAGAAAAAAAUAAGUAAUUUGUUUUCUUUUUUUCUUCGUUUCGAAUCAAAAAUUUUUCUUUGGUUUUCAGCGUAAAUUCUUACAUAUGCUGUCAUUGAAUAAGAUUUCUACUCUAUGUGAGCCCUACAACUAGAGAGCGUGCAUUUUUGCGACUGCGUGAAGCCGUUGUCAAGGCGACGCCAGGCGCCCCGGCAGUAGAACAUCUGAAAUCAUUCAGAUGCGGUUGAAAGUCGCGGCAGGUCGGAACGUCCGUCAUGCAGAGGCCGUCUGCGGCGUCGGCUGGUGCAACAGCGAUCAGCUCAUCUCGGCCAGCGACGACCACCAGUUUCUCCAAUGGAAUGCCAACACGUCGGACGCCGUUCCUAUCAUCAAAAUGCCAGAGUCCGUUUUUUUUGUUUAUAGAAUCUAUUUUCAUGCCUUUCCCAUGUUUUGAUUUUUUUGAUAAAACGUAGAUUUUUUCAAAACAUUCUUUCAGAACUUUUUUCCCGACAUCCCUUCACAUGUUUCCCCGAUCUUUCGCAAAAAACUACUCGAAUGACGUUUUCGCCGUGACGACAACCGACGGUUUAACAUAAAUUGAUCUAUUUUUUUUAUUUUCUGUCAGGACAAGUCCACAUUCUCUCAAGAAAUGGAAAAACAGAGAAAACGAUGGACGCUCACAAAGGAGCCGCUCUGAAGGCAAUUUGGAACUCUGAUGGAACUGGACUUUUGACAUGUAGUUUUCAUUAUGGGCUAGUUUCACAAACAGAUUUGCAGGCGGAGAAGAUGGAUAUGUCAAAAUGUGGUCAAGAAACGGAAUGCUCCGAUCGGUUUUGGCCCAAUUCCCUUCUGCAGUUUAUUCGUAUGCAAUGAAAUUAUCACAAACGUUAGAGUCAAUAGUUUUUCAGCGUGGCCUGGGACUCGACAUCUUCAAACGUCAUGUAUUGUAAUCUGGACCAUUGUUAUAUAAAAUCUCUGAAAAUGCAGGUUUAAACAUCUUUCAAUUUUUUUUUUUCACACGAAAAACAAUCAGGUAGCUCCUUUGAAGUGGAAAGCCCACGAAGGAAUUGUUCUUUGCUGCGACUGGAGUCCGACUUCCAAUUUUUUGGUGACUGGCGGGGAAGAUUGCAAGUUCAAGGUUUUGCUCUGGGAGUGUCCUCGUUGAGAAAUGGAUUUCAGGUUUGGGACGGUUUUGGCCAAAUACUCUUCACUUCAUCUACUCACGAUUAUCCUAUCACUGCUCUCAGCUGGUGCCCCGAUGGUAAAAACUUUGCAGUUGGGUCUCAUAACAUUCUGAGGCUAUGUGACAAAGCAGGGGUGAGGUUCAGGCGGUUUUUUGGUAGCAAUAAGCAGUUCAGUGGUCUCAUUCUUUGGAAAAGUUGAACGGCGGGUCUGUUUAUUCUAUGAGUUGGUCGCCCGAUGGAACGCAACUUGCGGCUGGGACUGCAUCUGGCGUCGUCAUACAGGCUCAUCUAGUGGAGAAGUUUGUUCUACAAGUAUUUCGAGAAAGUUUCAAUAUUGAUGGAAUUCCAGAAGAGUUACAUACAACAAACUCGACAUUGUACAAACUCAAAAAACUUUGGUCGAAGUACGUGAUGUGAGCAGUGAAGUCGCCAAAGAAAAACUUGAAACGAAAGAGAAAAUAACGCAAAUUUCGAUCCUUUUCCAGCAUUUGAUAAUCGUUUCUACGUCGCAGAUAUAUGUUUACAGGUGAUUUUACGGAAAUGUGCUCAUAUAAUCAAAUUUCCAGUUCUAAAAACUGGAAUACACCUAUAAUGAUUGAUUACAAAGACAGACCAGUGAACCUAAUUGUACAAUGUGAAAAGUGAGUUCCGCUUAAGAUCAACUUCAAAAUAAAUAAAUAAGUGUUACAGCCUGUUCUUAGUUUCGGAUGGUAUUAUCAUGUCAUUUUUCAAUUACGAAGGUAGACUUCUCACCGAGAUGCAGCCUCCUGGGAACGGAACCAUGCUGAUAGGUCUUUUUGAAGCUCAAUUCGCGUCAUUUCCAAUCUCAUUCUCCCACUCAGACAGUCGAAGAGUGGACUUGUCUAGUGACACGGUGGUGAUGAGAGAUAAAGGAGACCCUCGGAUAAUCCACUUUGCCGACCCGAGCACGGGAAAAUCUCAGGGAGACGGAAGCAUCACACAUGAGGUGAAGCUUUUCUUGUGCGAAAAUGAAAGAAAGAUUUCAGAAUGAAAUCGUUGAACUCACAAUUAACAAGUGCGGACCGAUAAACGAUCGGAUGAUUGCUUUCAAAGAUCAAAUAAGCAGCGUUUUCAUAGCUCUUGUAAAAACUUUCGGAAUAACUCAAAGAAUCGCGAAAAUUGGUGAGUCUGAGAAUUAUAAAAAUGAAAAAGGUUUCACAAGUUUACAAAUUUCUGUAAAAUCUUAAUUUACAUAUACAUAAAAAAAUAAUGUGGUCAGAGUUAUCAGCUCUAUUUUGUAGAGCUUUUCAUUUUUGAUCCAAACAGUAUAAUUUUUUUAUUAUUUCAAAACAAAAAAACAUUUUUCGAAUCGAAUAUAAACUUAUUUUCACUGUAAAGUAGCUAGUUGCAGAAAAUUAAUAAUGUGUCGUUCUUUUCCUUGUUUUACCUCUGCAAGUUUUCUGUUACAAGCUCUGGGUUUCAUGAUUCAAUGGCAAAACUACAGAAAUGCGAAAACCCUAGAGUUUUACUUUGAUACUUUAAAUCUCAUUAUAUACUAGCCAUUGGCAUUGACUGCGGUUUUCCCGUGCCUUGAUGAAAAAUAGUUUAGAUAUUCUCAUCAUAAUAUUAAAUUUUACUUUUUUUAGGUUCGCUUGUUGAGCAGCUUGUCUUCAAUGACGUUACAAACAUGUUGACAGGUAUUGCUGAUGGCAGAAUAGGUAUUUUUCAUGAGGCCGUGAUUAAAAUGAAACCCUUCUUUCACAACAGUAAUUUGGCCGGUACCCAACAUGGCGUUUCUUGACAAAGGGCUUCUGCAGAAAUCUCAGCUUCAGAAAGCCGUCUCGAGCAUGGGAAAAUUCCCACAGCUGAUGAGGUGAGGUCUUUACUCGGAAAUUAUACAAGUAUAAUUUUUAGUUUCUCUGGUAACGUCAUUAUUUUGCGUCGCUCCGACGGUUCAAUGAUUCCUCUGGCAUGCACACCGUUUGCCGGAGCUUUAAUCAAUCUCGCGACGUCAUCGAAAUGGGAUCAAGCCAUCAGUCUAUGUCGCCUCAUCAAUGUAAGCCCUGUAGGAGGAUCUUCGAAACGGAGACUUCAUCUUUAGGAAGACUUUCUUUGGGCGAUGCUGGCCGGUCUGGCCACAAUUAAUAAAAACUUGUUCGCCACCGAAAUUGCCUUUGCCGCUCUGGAAGAGGUUGGUUGGUCACAAUUCGCUAGAAAGCAACCAUUCUAGGAAGAAAAAGUCAAAUUAAUCCGAGAAGUGCAAAACAAAGGCGACAAAAAUAUUAGACAGGCCGUUCAAAUUAUGCUCUCUGGAAAGCCUGGAGAUGCGGAGAACUACUUGGAAAAAAAUGGCUAUCAAUUCAGAGCGAUGAUGUUAAACAUUCAAAUGCUCAGGUGGAACAGGUACGUCAAAUUUUAAAGAAAUUUAUUUUAUUCUCGCUCGAAAGCGAUAAAAUGUGCGAAUACAAACAACUUCAGAGCUCUCGAAAUUGCGUUGAAACACAGAAAAUUUUUGGAAAUUGUGUUUGGUUACCGUGAGAAAUAUCUACAAAGUAUGGGCAAAAAAGAGACUGACAAACAAUUUCUCAAGCACAUGGCGGAAGUAAGCGUUGAUAGCUGUUUUAAAGAAGAAAAACGCCGAUUUAUAGGUCGAAGUCGACUGGAUCCACAUAAGGGAACUGAUAGCCGAAGCGUCUGCGAAUUCAGAUUGA